ACCGUGCGCGCUCACAUUUCAAGACUUUAAAGAAACGAUGGAGAGUUAUGUGGGGCCCGGUGAGUCUCCUGCUAACGGGCUCCGGAGGCUUCUGACUAGUGACCCUGCAGAAAGGAGAGAAAGCAGCGCGUGCUGCGCUUCUCCCACGCGGAGCACGUGGCAUCGCAAGAAGACCACGCGGUGGCAUCGCGAGAAGACCACGUGCUAACCUGCUAACCUUCGUUCGCUAUAAGCCACCCGAGGAACCCCAGUUGCAUGAGUACAGCUCCUGAAGGACCCCAGCUGGCUCUCCUGACUGCUGGGUGUCGCAGGACUCUUCAGUGAGGUGUAUGACUCGUGGGACUGGAUGGAGAUGCUCUAGGUAAGUCUGGAGCACAGCGCCUCUGUCCUCCUCUUUGUGGAAUGAUGAUUCACUAGACUAGAGUCUCUGAUUAACCAUGAAGUUAUUUCACAGUGCACUGACCACAUAACCUCCUCUGGUGUGUUUCACUCCGUUUACUGUAAACCAUGUAAGCUCGCUGAAAGGAGCCGGUGGGACCGUUAAGUUCAACCCAGUGAUGAUGCAUUUAUCAGGAACCACCGGCAGCUCCAGGAGGACGCCAGGAUGCAGAGGCCCUGAAGAUGGGAGGUCCCCUCAUGCUGCUACAAGAGACGCCAUGUCCUCAGGAGAUGAAGCGUUGCCUGGAUGGAGAUGCUCUAGCUCGCUGAAAGGAGCCGGUGGGACCGUUAAGUUCAACCCAGUGAUGAUGCAUUUAUCAGGAACCACCGGCAGCUCCAGGAGGACGCCAGGAUGCAGAGGCCCUGAAGAUGGGAGGUCCCCUCAUGCUGCUACAAGAGACGCCAUGUCCUCAGGAGAUGAAGCGUUGCCUGGAUGGAGAUGCUCUAGCUCGCUGAAAGGAGCCGGUGGGACCGUUAAGUUCAACCCAGUGAUGAUGCAUUUAUCAGGAACCACCGGCAGCUCCAGGAGGACGCCAGGAUGCAGAGGCCCUGAAGAUGGGAGGUCCCCUCAUGCUGCUACAAGAGACGCCAUGUCCUCAGGAGAUGAAGCGUUGCCUACUCGUACAACAAACUGUCACUUGUCUUUGUCCAAAUCUUUCCUAAACUGUUAAAUGGAUUUAAAGAAGUUUCAAAUAAAUAUUUGAAAGAAUGA